CCCUCUCUGGUGAGUGAGUUGCGUGCGGAGAAGAUUGAGCAGCGCAGCCUCACCCUGGUGUGGAGGGAGCCUAGCUACCCCAACAGCAGCCGCACCGAGUACGAGAUCAAGUACUACGAAAAGGUAAAUAAAUAAGCGUCAUUCCGUCAUAUACGGUCCACUCCGUCACAUUUCAACUGUCAACUCCGUCACAUUCGGUCAACUUCAUCGCGUUACAUUUAAUCUCAAGUCCACUCUGUUACACCCGUCCACUCCGUCACAUUCACUCUUAAAAAAAAAAAAACUAUUUCACACACUCAACUACUCUACUCCGUCGCACUCCCGCUCAACUAUACUCUCAAAUCAUCACUUGGCGCACUCCCUCUUUCAACACUUCUCUCUUUCUCCCUCAUCACAUCCCACUCUUGGUGCGCCAUCCAUCACAUUCAUCUCUGUCAAUACCACCAUGCCACAUAUUAACGGUCUCCACAGGGACUCUCAUUACGCCUGUCAGUCUCUCUCUGUGUGCACGCUCUCUCUUUUCUCUCUAUGCCAUGUUUAUUCAUGCACACGUAUGACAGCAUUGAAGAGCACGCACCUCCAAAUCCUCAUUACCGCAUAACGACAAGCAAAUGGGCACACACCACUCACACACACCACUCACACACACAUAAACAUUCAUUCAGACACACACGCAAAUCCUAGGGUUUUGGCUACCUUAAAGCUUUGGUGAGUUCUCUCCAUAUGUUGUUUUGAUUCUGAAGGUUUAUGCAUGUCGUCUCACUGCCUAUAACCUUUAGAAUCAAAUUCAUUUUGAAUCACAUAAGUCUGCUUUUAUUGUUUUACAUAUUGUCAGCCAUACUAAUACGGCGCUCCUGGAGCAAAUUAGGGUUAAGUGCCUUGCUCAAGGGCACAUCGACAGAUCUUUCACCUUGUCGGCUCGGGUAUUUGAACCAGCGACCUUUCGGUUACCAGCCUAACGCUCUCUGAGUGAUCGUAUGACACGCAUAGACCCCACUCAGAAUCAACAAAGGGAGAGAAAGGGAACGGUCAAAAUAGUUAAUUAUAAGAUAAUAAUAUAUGCCAUUGUAUCCAAAGCGGCUUACAGGCAUGCGUGCAUAUAUUUUACGUACGGGUGGUCCCGGGAAUCAAACACACUAUCCUGCCGUUGCAAGCGCCAACUGAGCUCCAGAGAACCACAUAAAAAAUACAAAAAGUGUCUUGCAACAGAGAGUAUACCCGCUUGGUGCUCUCAUAGUUUUAACGUAGCAAUGUUUCGACACACUUCUUUCAAACUUUCUUUCUUGCCACUCUCUCUCCUCCCUCAUUCAGGAACAGAAGGACAAGAGCUACUCAACGGUCAAGACGGCCGCCACCCGCAUCAGCGUCAACAACCUCAAGCCUGGCACCACCUACGUCUUCCUCAUCCGCCCUUUCUCCACCCCGGCCCCCUCCUCCCUCCUCUCCGCCUCCUCCUCUUCCUCCUCCCCUUCUCCCAUCGACUACGGAGGCUACAGCGCUCCCCUGGAGCUGCAGACGCUUGGCGAACGUGAGUAUGCCCAUUUUCCUCUCUAUCUCGUUCCAACGCCGCAAGGCAGCUUGGGAUAGGGCCGUGUGGGUGUCCGGACAGCCCACACAAUGAGGCCUCCUGUUUGCUAAAGACAGAGGUGUGUGUGUGUGUGUGUAUUCUCCCAUGUGCCUGCUCUUAAACAAUAUGUGUGUGUCCGUUCCAAUCCGCAGUGGCGCUGGCGUCCAGUGAGCAGAACCCAGUGAUCAUCAUCGUG